AUGGCGUGUUGUGUGGCUGUGAUUGGAAAAGACAAUUCUCCCUUGUACAUACGUGUGUCAAACCCCGAGACUGAGUUGUACCUCCAUUUCACAGUCCAUUCAUCUCUGGACGUAGUGGAAGAGCGGGUGAAUUCCCUGGCAAAGUCAAGCGUUGGGGACAUUAGGGAGCUGUAUCUUGGACUCCUUUAUUCAUCAGAAACCCACCGUGUAUAUGGUUAUGCCACAAACACCAAGGUGAAGUUCAUCAUUGUCCUAGAUGUUUCAAGGGUCCAGAACGUGAAUGAAAACGAACUGAGGUCUAUGUUCCGCCGGAUUCAUUCUGCUUAUGCUGAUGCCAUCUGCAACCCUUUCUAUAUCCCCGGGGAUCAAAUUGAUUCGACUAAGUUUGAAGCCAUCAUAUCUGAAAUCCUGCUGUGA